UCCCAAUCCUAUCCACAUCGUCUGUCUUCCCAUCCAAGGCCCUUCUCCCGGUGAGAGUGCUACGAACCCCCCCACCGCUCCGUCAUGCAAGUCGAGUACGAAUCAUCCCCCGCUGUCGGGGAGCACCAGGCCGAGGAGAGCUUCUCCUUUCGCCCAGGAAACGGCGCGCCGGAAUCAGAGGAGGAAGAAGCGGAAGAGCACGAGGCUGGUGGUGAAGGCUCCAAGAAGACCAAAACCAAGCGGAUCAUCAAGCAACGUCAGUCCCUCGCUGAAAAGCAGCCGGGUACAACAAUGUUUCCGAUCAGCAAGGUGAAGAAGAUUGUCAAAGCGGAUAGGGAUGUGGAUAUCAUGAGCAGUGAAGCUGUCUUCAUGUGUGCUAUUGCGGCUGAAUAUUUCAUCAAGCAUUUCAUGGAGGAGGGAUAUACAAAGGCGCGGUUGGAAAAAAGGAAGAUCAUCAACUACAAGGAUAUGGCCAACGUGGUUGCUCGUAGCGAAGAGUUUGAUUUCCUGAAAGACGUCAUUCCCAUUCCUAUACCGAUGUCUGAAGCUCUCGAACGACGCCGGCAGAAGCAGGUCGCCGAGGAUAAUCAAGAUGAAGGGAUCGUCGCCAGCUUCAAUGAUGAAGACCUGCCGCCCCUCGCGCCCUCCACCAACCCCCUCUUUCCCAAUGCUGUGGUGAAGAAGGCCACUGCGGCGCACCCCAAGGCUGCCACAUCCAGCGGCAAGAAGGAGUCGGGUGAUGGGCCGCAGGGUACGAGAAAGAGUGCAAGGAGGAGCACGGUGGGGCAGGCUGAUGAGAGCUUUGACCUGAACGAGUUCAGGGAGUCGCAAGAUAAUGAGCAAAGAGAACGAGGGCAUAGUGUGGCGGUGACGAGCGAGGGUGGGGACGAGAAGAUGGAUGAGGAAUGAUUGUGAUAACUUUACGCACAUUUUACAGUUGUAUAUUGACAUGACUUCUAAUUGCAUGUAUCUUAUAAAUGUGAA